AUGAAGGUGUACUUUAUCUACGAAGGGAAGGAUGUGAAUGGGUGCGUGGUGAACGACAGUCUGACGGAGGUUUUCAAGGUGAAGAUGGACAUUCCCGCAAGCUGGCUCAACGGACCGUGCGAGAAGCUGCGUUGUUUCAUAACUUCGACUUACAACAAGAAGCAUCCUGACAACCCCCUUGUGGCUGAGGAGCUCAGUUUGUGGUGCGGCAACGUGGAGCUGAAGCCAUCGGAUGUGGUAGAAACACGCAUCCAUGAGUUCAAUGACGUGCACAUCCGGCAUUUGGCGAAGUCCGUGCUGCAUGAGCAGAAACCAUUCUCGGUCCUGUGCACAAACUUUGGAUGUGGAGAGUUUUUUCUUCAAGCGGAAAACCACGAGUCAGCAUGCCACUACCAUGCGGAACCACCUGUCUUCCACGACAUUGAGAAGUAUUGGCGGUGUUGCCCGACGCAGCGCGCACGCGACUGGGACGAUUUUAAGGCCAUCCCCCCGUGUUGUGUGGGCCCUCACAGCACGGAGAAGAGACCGGUGUCUUUUGUCAGCCCGCCUCCUUCCAACACACCCUUAUCGGUAGAACAGGUUCAGGCGUUGACGCAUAGAGAUGAAAACACCGCGGCAUCUCGUACUACUGGGCCGAGGGAAUUUGAAGGGGCGGCAGAAGCGCAGCGGCAACCGCCGCAGGAGAUUGUGGACGGCAAGGCGCGGUGUCGUAACUACGGCUGCCAGAAAGAAUUUGUUGUGAGUGAGAAUCAUCCGACAGCGUGUCGGCAUCACACCGGGGGGCCGGUUUUUUGGGACACCUACAAAUACUGGAAGUGCUGCCCCGACAAGAAGCGCUACGAGUUUGACGAUUUCGUUAAAAUCCCUGGAUGCACACAGGGCCCACACCAGCUGUAA